UCUACGAUUCAGAUGUGGCCCUUUUCAGACCACCCCAUUCAUCCCAGACCCUUGGAUCUCUCUUGAGCUGGGCGAACAACACAUAUGGAAGUGGAGAGGAGAAAGGAGACGUCUCUUACCGCCGGCGACCCCCGCUCGACGCGCAGCUCCCCCUCCCAGGACCUGAAGCAGGAGGACCGGCUGUGAGUCCGCACCUCUCUCGAUCCUCGCCGUUUGCCCUGGACCACAUCCCAACGCGCGGGAGCCAUGACUCUGAGCUCCGAGAUGUCGGAUGCUUCCCUCCUGUCGGAGGAGACGGAUAUCGACGUGGUGGGUGAGGGGGAGGAUGGGGACACGCGCUCCUACGUGGACGAGGGCUCGGACCUGCAGGACGGCCUCAUCCUGUCCGGGUCCCCGCCUUGCACGGACAGCUCCUCUUCCCGGGACUCCUACAAGCCAGUGAGUAAGAACACGCUGGUGAAGCCACCUUACUCCUACAUCGCCUUAAUCACCAUGGCCAUCCUGCAGAGCCCCAAGAAGCGCCUCACGCUCAGCGAGAUCUGCGAUUUCAUCAGCGGCCGAUUCCCGUACUAUCGGGAAAAGUUCCCCGCCUGGCAGAACUCCAUUCGACACAACUUGUCCCUGAACGACUGUUUCGUGAAGAUACCCCGGGAGCCAGGGAAUCCCGGGAAGGGGAACUACUGGACCCUGGAUCCAGAGUCGGCUGAUAUGUUUGACAACGGCAGCUUUCUGAGACGCAGGAAACGCUUCAAGCGGCAGCAGGCACAGGACCUGCUGCGGGAGCACGGGGGCUUUAUGGCCAACGCCGCCGCGUACGGCUAUGGACCCUACGGGUAUGGGGUCCAGCUGCAGUCCUACCACGCGCACUCUGCGCUUUUCGCAUUUCAGCAGCAGCAGCAGCAGCAGCAGCAGCAGCAGCAGCAGCAGCAGCAGCAGCAGCAACAAUCCAGACACUCGCACACGGGAACCAUUAUCCCCGCUCCGUCCCUGAUGCCUGCCACAACUGACCUGGGGAGGACUAGGUUUUACCCCCAGCUGAGCCCGGGUCUGAGCCCGGGUCUGCAGACCACCGGGUCCCCCGUGCAGAAGGCCGGCUCCCAGGUGCAGCGGACGCCCUUCUCCAUAGAGAGCCUCAUCGGGGGUUCCCCGGGUCCAACCAACUCGUGUGCCUCGCGGACUUCUGGGGUGCCGGUGCUGCCAUCCUCGCUGACCCCUCGGUCGAGCGGCCUGCCUGCGGGCGUCCAUCCCGGAACCGUUCUGCACACGGUGGUGGAGAACUUUCCCAGCAGAAUAGUGAACGGUGCUAAUCAUGGCUGUUAAUUUCAUAAUUUCUUUUUUUUUCUCAAGAAAAACAAAAACCCAAAAGCCUCUGAAGGUAGGAUUAUUUUUGUAUGUUUGAUUUGAUAAAACGCAGCUGAAUGACGGACAUAAAAACACUAGUCGUGCCUAUAUUCAUGCUGUAUAAAAGAGAUAUAUUUAUGUUCAGACUCGUUGGGUUCUGACGUUGCUCCCCCAGUGAAUGAUUGGUCUCAGUCUCCGCCUAGGCGUCUCAGGACAACCACUUAUUAAUCAGGUGAUCGAUCAUCAUGUUUGGAGAAAAAAAAAGCAGAUGUAUUUGUGUCAAACACAUUGUUUUUUUAGUUUCACAAAUCAAAGGGUUUUUUAUUCGUUUGAUUUGUACUUUGUAAACGGGGGACACAGAGAAAAAACGUCUUACAUUUAUAUGCAGUGUAUGUUUAUUUCAGUAAUAAAAUAUUGUACAUUCUUUGAAGAGUAUUGUGGAAUUGAAGUGUGAUAUUUUUACACUAUUUGUUUUUCAAUAAGAAUAAAUAUCGUUUUUCAAAAA